ACCAAUAUCCCUCUAUAAAUGACCACCCUCCCCUCGCCGAGUUAAAACACCAGCAAGAGAAGAAACACUAAAAAAAUCACACAAGCGAAAUCUCCAGCGAGAAGAGAAAGAUGGAUUUCAGAAUCAUGGGUCUUGACGCGCCACUCUUCAACACCCUCCAGCACAUGAUGGAUGCAACUGAUCAUGAGGCAGACAAGUCCUUCAAUGCGCCGACACGCACUUACGUACGUGAUGCCAAGGCAAUGGCAUCAACACCAGCUGAUGUGAAAGAGUAUCCAAACUCUUAUGCGUUCGUCAUUGACAUGCCGGGACUGAAAUCAGGGGACAUCAAGGUUCAAGUGGAGGAUGACAAUGUGCUGGUUAUCAGUGGAGAGAGGAAGCGCGGAGAGGAGAAAGAAGGGGCCAAGUAUGUAAGAAUGGAAAGGAGGGUUGGUAAGUUUAUGAGGAAGUUUGUGUUGCCUGAGAAUGCUAACACUGACGCUAUUUCUGCUGUUUGUCAAGAUGGGGUUCUGACUGUUACUGUUGAGAAAUUACCACCUCCUGAGCCUAAGAAGCCUAAGACUAUCGAGGUCAAGAUUGCUUGAAGAAGAAUGCUUGAUUACAUAUAUAAUGUGGCUUGUUCUGUGUGCUAAGGCGAUGAUGAAUAACGAGGGUUUUGCUGGGUGCUUUGCUUGGGGGUGUGGGAUAAUUUUGGGUGUGUUUGCGUUUGAAUGAGUUCAUUAUUAGUUUUCUCUUUAGGAAACUAGUGAUUGUUUGUUCAAAACGUGGUAUGAAAUAUAUGAAUGUAGUAGUGGCGUUAUAUAUUACUUUUUCUUUCUA